AUGAGCACAACAGAGCGAUUGAGAAGGCUAAGGACUCUCAUGCUUCACCAAGAGGUCCCGCUUGACUACUAUGUCGUACCAACCGAUGAUGCACAUCAUACCGAGUACGUCGCAGAAAGCGACAAAAGACGUGCAUAUAUAUCCGGGUUUACGGGGUCGGCAGGCCAAGCCAUCAUAACGCGGGACGAGGCUUUUUUAUUGACUGAUUCUCGAUUUUGGUUACAUGCCGAGGAGGAACUCGACAAGAACUGGCAGCUGGGGAAGGUCAGAAGUCCAGGCCUUCCCAAGGAUUGGGUGGAAUGGGUCUCACUUCGUAUACGCGACGGACGACUUGGAAUCGAUCCUCAGACGGUUUCCGUCCAGGAUGCCGGUAUUCUAGAGGCGAACUUGCGCAAACGUAAUUCAAGUGUUGUCUACCCUCCUCAAAAUCUGGUCGACAAGAUAUGGGAAGAAAAGCCAACGGAAAGUAAAGAUCCUGUCUUUCUUCAUCCGUUGGAGUUUGCAGGCGAGGACACGCAGAGUAAGAUGCGGCGUCUGAGGGUAUGGAUGAGGGAACAAGCUCCAGGUAGUCAUGCAUUUGGAGAUUGUGCUCAGGGAUUAGUUGGUACCCUGAUUUCAAGUCUUCCCGAAGUGGCCUACAUGCUGAACAUGCGUGGUUCUGAUAUUGAAUUCAGUCCGUUGUUCCAUGCAUAUCUUUUCGUUGGUAUGGCCGGCGCCAUUGUUUUCCUUGACUCGGUCAAAGUACCUCCAAAUGUUGAUGACUAUUUACGACAUGUUGACGUUGAAAGAAGGGAGUACCGUGAACUGUGGGAGUUUUUGGCGCGCCGUGAAUGGGGAAAGGGCGAUAAAAAAGUUGUCAUAUCUCCCCAGACCUCCGUCACAGUUAUGCGCGCCUUAGGCCCUUCGUCGUACGUUGUGCUUCCGUCGCAGGUGGAGAUCAUGAAGGCCAUUAAGAACGAGACGGAGAUCGAGGGCUUGAAACGAGCGUAUCUGAGAGAUGGUGUUUGUUUUACACGAUUUCUGUCGUGGCUUGAGUCUCAGGUAACGAAGGGAUGCCAACUCACGGAAUGGGAAGCUGCCAGAAAGCUGGAUAGAUACAGAAGCCAUGCAAGCUUCUACCGAGGCUUGGCCUCGGAGAAUAUCAGCGCCAGUGGUCCAAAUGCUGCUCUGCCGCAUUAUGAGCCCUCCAAGGACAACGCUCGGACAAUUGACAGGCAAGCCCCCUAUCUCAAUGACUCUGGCGGGCAAUAUCUUGAUGGUACAUGUGAUACAACACGCACCGUUCAUUUUGGGAGUCCCACUCAAGAGCACCGCGAAGCAUAUACUCGGGUGUUACAAGGCCAUAUAUCCAUCGACACUGCGAUUUUUCCAGAGGAUACGACAGGUCUUCAGUUGGACACCUUAGCUCGUAAGGCACUUUGGGAGGAUGGUUUGAACUACGGGCACGGUUCUGGACAUGGGUUUGGAUCCUUCUUGAUGACACACGAAGGCCCGCAAGGAUUUGGUAUCGACUUUCCAUUUGUGUCAGGUCAUGUAGUCACGAAUGAACCUGGAUUUUACAAGCCCAAGGAGUUUGGCGUGCGCAUAGAGUCUGCAUUGUUGGUAAAAAGAGUCGAGACAAGGAAACAGUUUGGCGGUGAUAUAUGGUUAGGUUUCGAACGGUUGACUUGUGUGCCGAUCCAUACUGUAAUGAUCGAAGCAGAUUUGCUUAUGAGGGAGGAAAAGGAAUGGUUGAAGGAGCACAAUGACCUCUGCCACAGAUUGCUCGCCCCAUGCUUGAAAGAUAAUCAAGAGGCUCUACAGUGGGUCGAGCGGGAGGCGGAAAGGGCAAGAAAAAUCGCUGAGUCUUAA